AUGGCUGAGAUUCAAUCAUCAAGUACAAAGCCCGUUGGUACCGCGCCGACCACUGAUUCCGCCGGCCAACGGCAGUUCCAGCAGCGAGGGCCACCAUUGCAUCAGAUCUAUGCCCUUCCGGCACCGAUCCGCACGUUUCCUCUGCCGGCCUUUUACCCGAACAACCCCAUAUCCUUCUUCCAUGUUGCGUAUGCGUGGUUAGGUCAAUUGUGGUCUCCGCCCCAGGCGGAACCUUCCGUUGUGCACACUGGAACAUGGUCUGCCGCUACAUCAUGCGUCCACAUUACGGAUGAUGUCUCUACCCGAGCCUUAUGGGAGCAAGGCUUCUAUGGGAAGGGUAGUCUAAGUCGUAGUGAGCCAAAUUGGCUUAAGCGUGAGCAGGUCCGACAAGGACUUGCCGAUGCACAUGUCAGUGAAAUCAUGACAGUGCAGAGACGUGAAGAGCGUAUGCGCGCCAAGUGGGAGCGAGCACGACUCGAACAGGAAGCAAUUAGAGAGACUAGACUGAAGGAAGCCGAAGAAGCGAAAGCGAGGGAAACUAAGGCACAAGAAGCAAAAACCCAAAAGGCCAAGCAAAAGGAGCUACGGGCCCAAGAGUUGAAAGACAUUGCAUCGCCCGAGUUUGACAAGCCAAUUUCACCCUCCGCCGCUCUUCCAACCUACAAGUCACCUGUCAGCCCUGCCGCACUUUUGUCUUUACCAAACUCAUUGGCAGACCUGGUUCAGCCCAAGCCCGUUCAGUCUAAGCCUGUCGCACCUGUCGUUUCUGUACCAAAAUAUGCCUCGCCAGUGUGCCCUUCGACCAUUCUAUCUCUACCAAACUCGGCGACAGAUAUCGUCAGUGAGCCUGCUGGUGACAAGGCUACAGAUGAGCUCAAUAUUCUUGGGAUUUCUGGAUCACACAUGGCGGGACUUGGCCUGUCUGUGGAUACUGUGCGCUCCAACUCGGUCAACGGAGCCGUCACCAAUGGCACGGCUUCUGUUAUAAGUUUCUCAUCUGAUAAUGAAGACAUCACGAGACCGAAGAACCGCCGCAAGAGCGUCCGAUUUUCUCCUAAUGUGGAGUCAACCACAUUUCAUUUCGCAGACCCCCCAAGCCCCAAACGUGUAGAGUCUAAUGACAAGCUUAAUGGACUGGGCGAUGCCCACCCUAUCUCGCCUGUAGCUCUGAAUGGACGAAAAGAAGACGCCCAAACCGAUAUUGCAAGCGAGCCUAUUCUGAAGAAUAUGGAACACCUUCAGCUUAUGCCCGAGGAGGCUUUCUUCCUCAGCUUUGGCUUGGGGGCAUUGCAAGUUACUGACCCUGUUUCUGGCUCUCAAUUGUCAUCGUUGGAUUUGCUGAGACUCUUCCGACAGCAUUCAUACUUCCCCCCUCGUGUUGAGGCUGAAGACCCUGCUCUUCAGCCCGACGACAACUUUCUGGUCCACUACGCCGUCUAUCACCACUUCAGAUCCCUUGGUUGGGUUCCUCGUGGUGGUAUCAAGUUCGGUGUUGACUGGCUGUUGUACACUCGAGGACCUGUUUUUGAUCAUGCCGAGUUCGGAUUGAUCGUCAUUCCGUCCUACUCUGAUACUCUUUGGAAAGAAAGCGGAAAGCAGAACCCGCAAAAGACCUGGCAAUGGCUUCAUGGGACUGUUCGCGUCCUUUCACACGUCAUGAAGAGUCUUGUGCUCGUUUAUGUGGAUGUGCCGCCUCCAUCCAAGUUUGAGCAGGCUCUUGAGCAAGGUGUCGCCGAGGCCCUGAAGCUGUACAAGAUCAGAGAAGUGAUGGUCAAGCGAUGCUGCAAAGCUAUCCCCCGUGGAUUCUCAUUAACUCGAGUACGUGCUCAAAGAGCCAGCAGCUACAAGAAGCUAUUUAUUCGACCUCCCAUCUUCAAAGCCCGUGACUCUUUUGAAGCCAAAAAUGGAUCACUCACCAUUUCCAGUGCUGAUCGUUCUAUCUACGUGGUAGAGAAGAAGGAAAAGGGCGGCUGGACGAGUUUAGACGCCAUCCUCCUCCGAGACAGUUGUACUUGUGCAGCGUGCGUUGACACAGCCUCGGGUCAAAAGACCUUUGCCACAACAGCUAUACCAUCGGACAUUGCCAUUGACAAGAUUCGCUCGACCGAAGAAGGUAUCGGCAUCUCGUUCAAGAAUGACAUGUAUCCAGACCACGAGAUGGUACUGCCCUGGCUAUCAGUCGAUAAAGCAAUGGGCUACGAAAAGGUAGAUAAGAUGCCUGCUCCAAGGCAAGAACUUGUGUAUCCCAAGACAGGCCGGACAUUUUGGGACAAGGCCAUCAUCCAGGAACGUGUUCGCAAGAUCGACUAUCAGGAAUUCAUGAAAGGCUCCGACGCGUUCUGGCACACCAUUCUAGACCUCACGAAUCUUGGCCUCGUGUUCCUCAAAAACGUACCGAAAGACGAGAAUUCUAUCGUUGACAUCACCACGCGCAUCGCCAACAUCAAGGAAACCUUUUACGGCCGCACGUUUGACGUUCGCGCGAAGCCAGACGCCGAAAACGUAGCUUACACGAGCGGCUACCUGGGCCUCCAUCAGGAUCUGCUGUACCUCGAGAGCCCGCCUGCUAUCCAACUGCUUCAUUGUAUGGAAAAUUCGUGUGAAGGCGGCGAAUCACUUUUCAGCGAUGGUCUUUUCGCAGGCAAACUCCUUCACCUACAAUCUUCUCCGACAAUCAGGAACCUCACACGCGUGAUGAUUCCGUAUCACUACGAGAAACAUGGCUACUUUUACCGUCAGAGGCGACCGAUUCUUGAUCUCGGCCCAAAUGAAAACCUUGCUGGUGUAUACUGGAGCCCGCCUUUCCAGAACCAAUACCAGAACGCUUCUGCUGAUGUGCGAGAAUGGCUCGAGCCAGCGAAGCUGUUCGAUCGACUGAUCAAUGACCCUGAUGCCAUGUACGAGAUGAAGAUGGAACCUGGAGAGUGUGUACUUUUCGAUAAUACACGGAUCAUGCAUGGACGCAAUCAGUUUGAUGCCGGCGGUGGAUCAAGAUGGCUGAGGGGAGCGUACAUUUCGAGAGAGGACUUUGUGAGCCGCGCCCUGCAUGUGCCCCAGGAACUAGCGACGACGUAUCGAGCCGGUAAGGAGUGGACCCGAGAUAUUGAAGAUGCAGAAGUGAGGGCGUCCGAGCGGUUUGGCAAGGUUUUGGAACAGGUCGAUGAAAUGGUGGAAGGAUUGAAGAAAGACAAGAGCAUCAAUAGUUUGAGGACUCGAGAAUUUGAGAUGUUGAGAAACUAA